AAUGGAACCUCACCGAUGGACUCACGGGAGCCAUCACCAUCACCCUCAGCAUCGCCACCGUCCGUCAGCCGUGACUGGUUCUUCCCGGCCCCAUCUCCCUCCUUCAUCCACCACACCCCCACCCCCUCCCAUCGCCACCACCUCCACAAACCCCCCACCAGAAGAUUCUCCACCUACCCCAAACACUCCACCUCACCGUUACACACCACUUCAUCACCAUCACCAUCACCAUCGCCAUCAUCGUCUCAUCGUGAUCUCAAAUAUGCAGGAUUCAGACGCCGUACCAAUUUCUCUCGACAUUACCAACGGUCUCCUACCCCGGAAGCGGCUGUUUCUUCUUCACUUCCGCAUCAAAAAUGUGACGUUUCUGAUGAUAAAAAUUUGAGUUUGAAUAAGUUUAAGGAGUUUUCCGGUGGCCGGUUGAAGUUCCGGUGGCAGAUGCCGUUUUUAGUGGCGGUUUUGAUAAUGACUUUUUCUUCUUUGGUGCACAAGAAUAUUUCUUUACAUAAUCAAACCAAUGAUCUUCAGGCCCAGAUUACAAAGCUCAAUGGGAGAUUACAGGCCUGCAACUUACUACAACCAAUAGAUUUCGAUGAUCUAGAUUCCGAAGAAAAUGUCGAAAUUCCCAAUAAAAGAUUGAAAAGUAUAUCGUUGAUCAUCUCGGUUACAAUUCUCUCUAUUCCUUUUCUCUUUCUCAAGUAUGUGGAAUACAUAUCAAAGUCGAGAUCACCGGAUAAUUUAAAGGAAGAAGCAUCGUUAAAUAAGCGGAUAGCUUACAAGGUUGACGUGUUUUUAUCAGUACGCCCAUAUUCAAAGCCAUUGGCGUUGCUGGUUGCGACUCUCCUUCUUAUAGGUGUUGGUGGGUUGGCGCUUUUUGGUGUUACCGAUGAUAGUUUGGCAGAUUGUAUGUGGUUAUCGUGGACUUACGUUGCUGAUUCAGGGAACCAUGCUAACUCUGAGGGAGUUGGUCCUAGGUUAGUGUCGGUUUCGAUAAGUUUUGGUGGGAUGCUUAUAUUUGCAAUGAUGCUUGGACUUGUUACCGAUGCAAUUUCGGAGAAGUUUGAUUCGUUGAGGAAAGGAAGAAGUGAGGUGGUUAAGAAAGACCACACGCUUAUUCUCGGUUGGAGUGAUAAAUUGGGAUCACUAUUAAAUCAACUUGCUAUAGCAAACGAGAGUAUGGGUGGAGGGAUCGUGGUAGUGAUGGCUGAACGAGACAAAGAAGAGAUGGAACUUGACAUUGCUAAAAUGGAAUUCGACUUUAGACAAACAUCUGUAAUUUGUAGAAGUGGAAGCCCUCUAAUAUUGGCCGACUUAAAAAAGGUAUCUGUUUCAAAGGCGCGUGCAAUAAUCGUUCUAGCCGAAGAUGGAAAUGCUGACCAGAGUGAUGCAAGAGCUUUGAGAACAGUGUUAAGCCUAACUGGAGUUAAGGACGGACUUCGAGGACACAUUGUGGUAGAACUCGGCGAUCUCGACAAUGAGGUCCUUGUAAAACUUGUAGGUGGGGAUCUUGUUGAAACCGUUGUGGCACAUGAUGUAAUUGGUCGUUUAAUGAUUCAGUGUGCUAGACAGCCUGGCCUUGCACAAGUAUGGGAAGAUAUUCUCGGGUUCGAGAAUUGCGAGUUCUACAUUAAACGAUGGCCGCAAUUAGACGGUAUGCAGUUUGAGGAUGUGUUGAUUAGCUUUCCGGACGCGAUUCCUUGUGGAGUGAAGUCAGCCUCUUGUAACGGGAAAAUUAUUCUUAAUCCGGAUGAAUCGUAUGUUCUACAAGAAGGUGAUGAAGUUCUUGUUAUAGCAGAGGAUGACGAUACGUAUGCUCCUGUACCAUUACCAACGGUCUGGAGAGGAAACCUACCUAAAGCAUUAUUCGUUCCAAAUUCUCUCGAAAAGAUACUUCUCUGUGGUUGGCGCCGUGACAUUGAAGAUAUGAUUACGGUGCUGGAUGCGUUUUUAGCACCCGGUUCGGAGUUAUGGAUGUUUAAUGAAGUCAUUGAAGGUGUGAGGGAACAAAAGCUCAUUGACGGUGGUUUAGACAUUGAGAGAUUGAUGAAUAUAACGCUGGUUCAUCGUGAAGGGAAUGCUGUUAUACGUCGACACCUGGAAAGCCUUCCAUUGGAAUCUUUUGAUUCGAUUUUGAUUCUGGCCGAUGAAUCAGUAGAAGAUUCAGCAAUACAAGCGGAUUCUAGAUCUCUCGCUACAUUGUUAUUAAUACGCGAUAUCCAGGCUAAGCGUCUUCCAUACAGAGAAGCGAAGGCUUCUCAAGGUCGGAAAGGUAGCUUUUCACAAGGUUCUUGGAUCGGGGAAAUGCAACAGGCUUCAGAUAAAUCAGUAAUAAUUAGUGAAAUUCUCGACCCGCGGACUAAAAACCUAUUAUCUAUGUCGAGAAUAAGUGAUUAUGUUCUUUCAAAUGAGCUUGUUAGUAUGGCAUUAGCAAUGGUUGCAGAGGACCGCCAGAUAAACGAUGUCCUUGAGGAGCUUUUUGCCGAAGAGGGGAACGAGAUGCACAUAAGGCAAGCGGAUCUGUAUCUUGAGGACGGUGAAGAACUGAGUUUCUAUGAGAUUUUGUUGCGUGCUCGACAAAGGAGAGAAAUAGUGAUCGGGUACCGUUCGGGGAAUGUUGAGAAAGCUGUGAUUAACCCCCCUGGAAAAAUGGAGAAACGAAGGUGGUCAGUAAAAGAUGUUUUUGUUGUAAUAGCUGAGAAGGAGUGAAAACCAGUUAUAAGGUUUUUAUUACUGUUUUUUUCCACUUUUGAAUGGGGAUUUUGUAAUUUCUGAAUGGAAAUCAUCCCUUGACUGUACAUAUCCAUAGCACAUUCUUUUCUCUUUUGAAAAGAUUUCUGUUACGUAUUCAUAUACACUUUUACAGUUUUACCA